UUCCUUUUUGGAGCUGCAUUCGACGCCACGCAACGCGUUCGCUGUCACGAGCGAGACUCGGGACGCGUUCCACUACCGCUACCUCCGGGCUGCCUAAAAAAGCGCCGCCGCCGCACCAAAUAUGGCCACGCAGACCAUCUUAGCAGAGCAGCUCAGUAAAGCGCCGCCCUCGGACCCGGUUGGGAUGUACUAUACGGGCAGCGAGUGGCUCCCCGGCCCGCCGCCCGCCAAAGUAACGCCCACCUCCGUGCCCGUGAAGCUCUGGCCCACGGCCGCGGCGCCGCCGCCGCGGCACCCGCGCGCGGCGCGGCGCGUCGUCUUCCGCAGCCAGUGCGCGCGCCUCGACUGGCGCGCGAAGUGGGCCGCCUCGACCAAGGCCGCGCCCUCGCUGCAGAUCCAGAGCCCGAAGGCCUACGUCGAGCCCGCGAAGGACGAUCUAGAAGAGAAGCUGCGCCGCGAGGCCGCCGAGGAGCUGCCGGCCGGCGCCGAGGAGGUCGUGAUCGACGGCGCGCCCUACGUCCAGUACGGCGCCGACCUCGGCGGCCGCAAGCUCGAGGCCGGCCCGCUCCGGGGCAAGGUGGUCAGCGCCAUCGACGUGCCGCCGCUCGCGCGCGUCGCCCGGGCGCCGGACGUCAUGCCGCUCUACGACGUCGAGGGGAACCUCAAGUUACCUGGAGAUGCGCCGCUCGGCGUGGCCUACGACGCGGAAGGCUUACCGGUCCCGGACUGGGACGUCGUCGAGGAGUGCGAUGGCCAAGGCCGGGCGUUCAUCGACGGUCGCGGCCAGCGCCAUGCGAAGGUCGAGGUCCGCGGUUCCUUAGAAGAUGCGGUGUUGUUAGAUACGAAGCGGGCGUUCCCGGUCUGGGGCAAGCGCUUUGGUUUAGUGACACGGAAGCGCGUCGGCCGCGUCGGCACCCUUAAAGUCGACGAGGCCAAGGAGUGCUUAGAAAAGGAGUCCUUCGGCUUCCGCAUGGCCGAAGCCGUCAACGUGCCUCCGUUAAUUGAACUGCGCUACGGCGAGGUCCACAACGAGUGCUCUUCCGUCACGAUCGUCGCGGGCCUGUCCGAGUUGCAUUUAUCACACAAAGAAAACAUACAAGACGUGCACUACAUGCUCAUGGGUCUAGGAUAUGUCUCCUAUACGCCCGUCGAUCAAGAUCAGACCGGAGAGGAGGUCCCGCGGUUCUGGGGCGAGGGUAUUUCUACCUCACCGUCUAAGCAUUACGCCGGCGACGGCGGCGCCGUCUCCAUCAAACAGCAGGGCCCGACCUACUACACGUGGCACUACCGCCUGCCGCCCUUCGUCGAGGGUUUAGCUCUGGAAGGUGAGGCCGGCGACCCGCGCGGCGGCCCCGAGGCGCUACUUAGAGCUGCUCGUCUGAAAAAGCUCGAGCUCCAACAGGAGCAAUUACACGAAGAACGCGCGACGGCGCUGCGGGCGCGCGUCGCCGAGGCGGCCCAACAGCCCUGGUACCGGGACUACUUCCCGGACGGCGAGGUCGACCCGACGACGGGCGAGGUCGUCAACGCGCCGGGGACGCUGCCCGGCGAGGUCGCGAUCGCGCCGUGCGACGCCGACGACAAGGAGUAGACGAA